AUGAACCAAGAUUAUAGACCCCGUCCAGCUGGAUAUCCGAACCCUCAUCAGAAUCAAACGCCAAUUAAUCAGGAGCGCCGUGAUGGAAGGCCUCCACAACCGUCGCCUCUACAAACGCCGGGGCACAGUGACUAUUGGGCAAAUGGGCCUUCGCACAGCGCUGUGCGGUCACCAUACCAACAAAUGCCUCCUUCUGGCUUGAACAGUGGGCAAUACCCUCCUUCACAGAUGCCAAGCCAGAGUCCGGUCCAUGGUCCUCAGUAUACUCAGCGUGACAACUAUCCGUCUUCAGGCGCGCCCAUCAACCGUUCGUUUGGUCCAUCGACACCACUCAGCCAAACUCCUACCACAAGUACACCGGGUAGUGCACAUGGCUUAAAUAACCUUGGACGUCCAAGCUCGUCUCAUUCAAUACCUACACCAAACUCGGCACAGCAGCCCCCAAGCUAUUUUCGAGAAUCACCACAGGCAUCACAUACUCAAUUAAGGUCUCUAUCCCAGUCGCAUACGGGCCCACAGUACAUGAGCCAACCGAGUACACCUCUAGGACCCCCAUCCACGUUUCCAAGGUCCAACUUCAGUCUCCGCCGUGAGUCCUCGGGAAGUUAUAAUCGAGAGCAAAGCCUCCCAGGAGGAACGUAUGGUCAGCCGCAAGCUGCGUCGCCUGCUCCAGCGAUAGCUGGAUCACCACGGAAUUAUAAUGUUCGGCACCCACAGUCACUGAGUCACGAACCUAUUAAUUCGCGUGAACGAGAAAGAAGUCUGAGUGUCAGCCCCAAGACAAGGCUACCAAGUCUACCAAGCUUGAAUUCAUCAGAAAUGCUAUCGUCUCAGAUUAAUACUUGGAACGGACAAGUCACGCCUGCUAAGCGCAAAGUAGAAGCGAUUUCGCCGGAUUUGGCAAGCGUCCGUGAGCCAACAAUGAAUCGAACACAAUCAACACAAUCCCGAAUGUCCUCUAUUGGAGUGAAUGGUUUGCUCAAUGCAGCACCAACAAGUGAGCCGCCGGAAAGAAUGAACCGCCACUCACAACCCGGAACUCCUUCAACACUCAAUACAGAAAGUAAGAAGACAUCCUUCGAUUUCAUACCGCGCAACCAUACAUCUUCCGCACCGUAUCUCGUGAAUAUUCCAUCGGCUCAUCAGUUGCCGUCUAAUGCGAAAAUGCCACCAUCUGCCAAGGUAGAAGCCUCGGCUCUCAUUGACUCACCAUCGAAACCUACUAAGAAAAGGGCUCACGACCAAAUUCCAGCCGACGACGAAAUUAAGCGACCCAUAGAUGUUGAAGGAUUUUCCUCGCCGACAAACAAAUCUCCGAUUCUGUCUCAGCCAGCCAAGAAGAAGACUCGUUUGGAAGAUUCGCCGAACAAUUCGAUGUCAGUCUCUGUGGAGAAUAGCGACGCCAAUCAAUCGAUGAUGGCACCGGAUACUGAACCAAUCCCGGAGAAGAAGCAGAAACCUCGCCGCUGGAAGGAGAUUCCGAUCUGGGCUCAGUCUGUUCCUAGACGUAAUCGCGCUCCGAACGGCAAUCCUAGGCGGGCAGCCCCAAGGCAAGCACUUGACGCAUUGGUGCCAGUACAAUCAAACGGUCAGCCCACCGGGAUGCAAGGAGCUAACGGCGACUCCAAUCAGGCUAAUGGUGUACAUGUACCUGUGGCACAGCCAACUCUUGCGAACACUGGCCCACUAGGCCCUUGGGAGCCCAGUUUCCUCAACAUUAUACCUGCGGAGGAGCUAGUCAGAAUUAUAUCAGAUUGGUUGUUCCAGAAUGUCGUUCAGAGAGAUGAUGUUGGAGUCGGUCCAGCGGGUGGUGGUACCGGCGGAGGAGCCGUCCUAGAGGUUGAAGCCAAGCUCGGUCAACUGAUUGAUAAGAACACCAAUGACCGACUCCGCUUGCCUGUGCUGAACGAGUGUGUCGUCAGCCACUCAGAUCCUAACAUACGGAUCGCCUUCAAGAGCUCAAUGACCGAGGUUCAACACAGAGCUCUCAAUCAGUUCCUGAACGAAGCUGUCCGUCAAUCCAACAUCCGACCCCCAGCAUCAUCCGCUCGUAAACCGCGCAUCCCCAUGGACUACAAACACACCCGCGAAGUCGACACCUUCUACGAGCUCACGCAAGCCGGCGCCUUGGCCCUUCCGCAAUCCAUAGUCUCGGGUCUCAACAUCAAUCCUCGCCACGCCAACAAGUCAAAGGUGCGCAUCACGACUGAUCAGAAGACUGGCAAAGUGCUCGCAAAGAUCAUCAAAGCACGUGUGGCAGAUAUCGACAUCUACAGCCCGAGGACACUCUUUGAUUGGCGUAUUAGUGUGAACGUGGAGAUGGAUUAUAAGGGAGAGAUGACGGACUUAGUGGAGCCUCAAACGCGGGAUGGAAAGCAGGCUGAUCGGAAUAAGGAUCGCAUGAGUUACAAGCAUUUGGCGUAUCAGAUUGAUCUGACGCAGGUUACCCCAGCCGAGGCAACGCCCAAAACAGAAAAGGAGCAUGAACUCGAAAUCGAAGUCUCUUCUGAAGAAGUCCGCAGACAGGGCCAGCUUUCGAUGAAUGGGCAAACUAGCCAGUACGAGGAUCUCAUCAGGGGGUUUGUGGAUAACGUGAGGGUGUUGGCUAGGCACUGCCAGUCUUGA